AUGUUGCAUCGGAUGAAAAAGAGCGAAAUUUGGGCCCAAUUUUGUCGUUUUAUCGGUUAUCAUUUCCUGUUUCAGGCUUCAAAAGAAGAAUUAAGAGAAGCUUCGGCGAAGAAUUUGUUGCAGUCAUGCUUCGAAUAUAUAUCUAUGUGCUUGAAGACAGACGAUUUGAAUUUCGAUCAAAAGAAAAUAGCCGAGGCUUGGCUUGCAGUCUAUGGCGUUUUGAAAAACUGCGGUCUGCUAACGCAGGGAAUCCUUGCGGAGCAAGCGAAAAUCGUUGCUAAUGUGAUUUUAAGCGAAUUUGUGUUGAUAAACAAAAUGGAGGAGCUGAUACUGAGUCCAUUUGAUCCGCAUAUGGAAAUUGGUCGAGUGAUUGAUUUUUGGAUUAAAAGAAUCAUCUUGAAAUAUCGGCCGCUUCAACAUACAGUACUCGCAUAUCUGAAGGAACAAAUCGAAAGUGGAACAUUGUUUGCUGGUGAUGCUCAACAGGAUGAGAUUUAUUUGUGUGGAUCAUCAGUGCAAUUCUUACUGUUAAUCCGUGGCAAUAGAAAACCGAUAAAUGAAGCAGCAGCGAACGGUGGUAGUGCACGGAGAAACACGGAUCUUUAUGCAAUAUGCGUGAAAUUACUGGGUGAACGGCUGCAAAGAAUGGCCAACAAGUAUAUGGAAAGUGAUUUGUUCAUGAAUGUGGAAUCAAUUUUUCAAGAGCUGUGA